GAUGAUGAUGAUGAUGAUGAUGAACUUGGCUGCCUAGAAGAUCCUAGUCCCUACAAUGCCAAGGGAGAUGCUUUGAUCGGCAUGAUGCCUCGGCUUCCUGAUAGGUUUGACGAGGUUGUGGUUGCCAGUGUUCCAGAGCCGGAGGCAUCUGGAAAGUGUGUUGUGGGGAAGGGUGGCCCUGGGGAUGUGGCGGUUGCUGGGGACAAGGGCGAGGGGGCGGACUGCUUGGAUGGGAACCAAAGCACUUAGGUUUUUGAGUUUUAUCAAAAUCAAUUACAGAUUUUGUA